CAUUUCUCUUUCACUAUGAGCAGACCAAUUGUACUGAGCAUUUUUCUGGCUUUCUGUAGCCUUCUUUUUCUCAACUUUGCCACACAAUGUCUGGCCUUCCCCAAAAUGGAAAGAAGGGAGUUGGUACAUGUUCAUGCAGAAGACUGGCAGCCUGAGAGGAUGAACACAGAUGACCUAGAAAACACCUCCAUUACUCCAAAACAGACUCCUCAACUGGUGUUCUCUGAAGAAGAUCAAAUGGUAGUGUCAACAGGACCAUCAGCAGUGCCAGUAAAUGAAGUACUCUUAUUUAACAAAGAAACCCAUCUCACAGGAACUGGACUCCAGCAGCCUAACAGCCCUGGUCUUUCCACUGUCACUGAACCAGUGGUCCCAGCAGGUGACCAAGUGUUUGGUUCCAGCCAGCUGGAGAAAAUGUCUCCUGAAAGCAGACUUUCCAAGAUCAUGUUAACUGUCCCUAUCACUGAGACUGCUUCACUGAAUACUGGCAAGAAGGAGGAACCCUUUAGCAGUACCAGCAUUCAGCCCAUUGCAGAAGGGACCACAGAAGCAACACCAGGUUUUGUGAAAUAUGUGAACCAUCAACUGUUUACAACUGAAAAUCAGGAUGGAGUUAGUCUCGGGGAUUUACCUUCAUCCCUUAAGAAUGCUAAAGAAAUGCUAACCACCAAUCCAAGAACAGAGAAAUUUGAAGCAGACAUGGAUCAGAGAACCACUUCUUUUCCUGGUGCUGAGUCUGGAAGCCUUCUGCUGGAUGGGGAGAAGCUCCUGCAGAAGACAGCUGAUCAUACCCAGGCUACUGCCACCGAGCACUUGCUGGUGACUUCUGAGUAUGCCCUGAGUGUUGGUUCAGAAACGGAUAGCCUUCUGGGAGCCCCAGAAGUCACAGAAAGUGUCAGCAGAGCUUUUCCAGCUGCCUCUAUCUUAAGUGAUGAGUGGGAUGAUACCAAGCUGGAGAGUGUAAGCCAGAUACGGACCCCAAUGCUGGAAGACAAUACAGACACUCAGGUGAGAAUGGAGCCCUUGCAGACAGAGAGCCAUGAGGGGAUGGAAGAGGGUCAGCCCUUGACAGAGGCUGCAGAAGUGUCUCCGGGGCUGCCUGAAGAGGAAACAGACAUGGGGACAGCCCUGCUAAUAGCGCAGGGGGAGAAGAAGUCACCCACCUUCAUGGAUCAAAGUUCCGUCACUCCCAUAGGUCUGAUGGAAGAUUCCGAAGUUUUCUCUGUGCACAUGUUCCAAAAUAUGGGAGGUUUCGAGGAAUCCACCAAGGAAAACAGUGCCAUGUUUUUGUCAGAGACUACUGUGUCCAUCUCAGAAUAUGAGUCUGAGGCAUAUCAGCUGUUGGGAAAUACAUUGAAAGACAUCAUCACUCAAGAGAUGACAACAGCUACUCAAGAACCAGAAGCCACUUUAUCCCUGGUGACACAAGAGCAGGUGACCAGAGACAGUGAAGAGACUGAGGAAGGCAAGGAGUCCCCCCUUCUUGCCUCUGAUGUACCUGAUGUUACUCAGCUGUCCAGACAAUGGGAGCCUCUGGCCACUACAGUGUCAACCACAGCCAUUCCUUGGUCUCCCAAAGUUACCCCUGCUGCAGAAGACCUAACAGACACAGUCACUGGGCCGAGUGAGGAUCUGGCACUAGUUUUGGGCUCUCUGGUGACACCCCCUGGAAUAAUGGUGGAAGCACCCAGCAUUUCUCCAACCUUUCCUGCUUUGGAGGCAUCAUCUGAGAGAACAGUUCCAUCCGUUAGUGGCACUAAUACAGCUGCCUCAUAUGGCCUGGACCAACUUGAAUCUGAAGAGGGAGAAGAAGAUGAGGAUGAAGAGGAUGAAGAAGAUGAAGAGGAAGAAGAGGAAGAUGAGGAAGAGGAUGAGGAGGAUAAAGAUGCAGACUCCCUGGAUGAGAGCUUUGAUGGCGACUCUGAGGUGCCGAGUUUCACUCUCCCUGGCAUCACAUCCCAGGAACCCGGCUUAGAGCAGGGAAACAUGGACCCACUGGAGGGAGCCACCUACCAGGUGCCCGAUGCCAUUGAGUGGGAACAGCAGAAUCAAGGCCUGGUGAGAAGCUGGAUGGAGAAACUAAAAGAUAAGGCUGGCUACAUGUCUGGGAUGCUGGUUCCUGUAGGAGUGGGGAUAGCUGGAGCCUUGUUCAUCUUGGGGGCACUCUACAGCAUUAAGGUUAUGAAUCGCCAAAGGAGAAAUGGCUUCAAAAGGCAUAAAAGAAAGCAGAGAGAAUUCAACAGCAUGCAAGAUCGAGUAAUGCUCUUAGCUGACAGUUCCGAAGAUGAAUUUUGA